AGCAUAUUUAGACUGCGCAUGCGCAUAUGAGAAGUUAUCUAACCUUAAAAAAAAGCUCACGUUCAACAGUUGACAAUUCUUUUUAUUCUUCGAAGCGACGAUUUCAACCUUUGAAAAAUUCUUGACGCGAAGAAAACUCAAAACUUGGAAGAAAUCCACGUUCGUCGAAAUUCAAGUGAAUGGAAUUGAAUAUUCAAUGUUUGUAUUCGCUAUAAAUAUAAAUUGACAAACAAUAUGACGGAAAAAUCAGGUUUCGAGAGAAAAAAGAACUGUCGCCGAUAGAACACGUGUCUCGAAACCGAAGGAUGUUCGUCACGUGCGAGGAUCAUCCUCGGGACAAGGGAGCUGGUGUCAUAAGGGAGUGAAUGCGCGAGGAGAGAUGCCUGGCGGCAGACGAAACGCUGCCGGUCGAGCCGGCCCGAACGGCAGGUCGGGAAAUUAUGCCGGUUCCGCGAACGUCAACGGGAGGAGCAACAGCGGGGAGAGAGCGCUGGGGGCGGACGACAAGAGGAUCGACGAGAUUUACGGGAAAUCCCUGGCGCCGAAGCACGUUCCUAUACCCGUGGUCCCGGUCGACGGACAACUGACCUUCGAAGCUCUAUCCCUGGCCAUCUCAGUCAUCGCAGCCUGUCUGCAGCUGCUUAAUCUGUACAGAACCGUAUGGUGGUUACCACAUUCGUACAAUAAUUACAGUAUGAAUUUUUACUUGAUAGAUCCUUACCUGCUUGUAUUUAUUUUUACGAUGGUGGCACGGAGAUUUGUUUAUACACUAUUACGUCAAUUCAUUGACAUGUCAUUGCCAAUUCGAUGGUUACCUGCGAUCCAAAAGAUUAUGAGAAUAUCUCUAUUAAUUACUGUGAUGAGCAUAUUAUGCUGGUGUCUCUACCACAUGGCUGAGAGGCAUAACUCUAUGAAGAUCUUUUACUUGUGUUAUCCAAGUUUGUCGGUAUACUUUGUCAUGUUUGGCAUAAGCACAGCACCCUUCUUCGAUAUUUCUACAUCAUUCUCAGGUGGGAAGGAGGAACGGAAAACGAAAUAUCUAUUAGAUAAACCCUUGCACAAUUGCUCGCUAAAUGCGUCGGCCAUCCGGGCGGAAGUGUUCACCCUGAGGUCCGAUUUUAAUCGACGAUUAAAGCGAGCUCUGUUCUCGUCCUCCGGAAGUGCGUACGUUUGCGGAAUCGCUCCCAUCAUCUUCGUACCGCCGCACUUACAUUUCAAUAUACCAUGGGUGGUGCAGCAUGUCAUUUUAUUCUGGCUUGGACGGAUAAGCGCUUACUUUGCUCAGUCUUAUCCCGUCAGAUACUGCGAUGUGCUACACAGGGCAGCGCUGCAUUUAGGCCGAUGGGUUAAAAUAGAGAGCAGAAAUAAUCACAUAUAUGCUCAACCGUGGAAUGAUACGGUAUUAUGGCCCCACGGGUCAGUUGUAAAGCAUAAUCGGGAGGUUUAUCGUUCCGAAGGUCUAUGCACAGCAGCGGAACCGGGAAAUCUAAAUCACUAUAGAUUCCAUGCCUUAUUCAAUAAUCCAACAAUGCUACUUUGUUCACUAUUGGGACUACAGUUGCUACUAGUGGGUGUUCAACUGCUUAUUCUGUUACGGGUGACCGAAUGGUAUCAGGUACUCUCGAUGACACUGUUACUGGUUAUAAAUUACUAUACUCUGUUCAAAGUAGCGAGGGAUUAUUUAAUAUGCUGGAAAGUAUACCGCGCUGAACAAAUAAUUCAAGAGAAAUCUCAGAUGGUUGUAAAUCCAAUUGCUCAAUAAGAUACAAACAAAAUA